AUGCUGGAAUCCCCUGUUCCCUCGAUACCCCAGCGGCCCAAAACGAGGCCCAAGAAGUCGGAAGACGCCGUUAGUGCCGAAUCGGGCAAUUCGUCCGCGUCAAUUCCCACGAUUCCCCAGAGACCCAGAAAGACAGAUACCCUGAGCUCCUUGGAGAGUGUAAACAGUGAGGAGAAGAAGGAGGCGGCUGUUCCUGUGAUUCCCAGCAGACCAAGGAAAGAAAAAAGUGAAUCUUCUGAAACGGAGAGUGUUGAACCGAAAUUGCCCUCGAUUCCAAGACGUCCAAGGAAGGAGAAGUCUGAGGAGCCGAAAGUCGGUGAAGAUGCUGGAGCCAAAGAGAUUGAGGAGCUUGAGCCUGUCAAGGAUGAAGCGGCUGAAGAGCCUUUGGAUUUGUCUAAAUCUGGUUCUGGUGACGUUGGAUCGUCUGCAUUCGGUUCUGACACCGUGGAGCUGGAACCCAAGCAAAUCGACAGCAAGGUUGAUGAUUCGAAGGUUGUUGACGCGCCUACGCUUCCCCUGAACGACAAAGCCGAUGUGGAUGAGGAAAUCAGCAAGCCGGAGUCCCCUGAAACCGAUAAGAUUGUGCCUUCUGAGCCACAGGAAGACGAGGAUCUAGAGCCCGAGGAGGCUGCUACCACGGAGCCUGUUUCUUCUGGAAACGUGGCCCAAAGCGACUCGUCUAGUGACUUGGCGGAGGCUGUAGGAAGCAAAAUCAAGGAGCAACGUGAACUCGCCAGUGAGCUGGUGGAGUCCAACGUGGAGAGCCUGCAAGUUGAGAGUUCUGAGGGUGCAUUGGUUGACGAGAUCGACAGCGGCUCCCUUCGGAACGAACAUGUGAACGAGGUUUCGGAUGCUGCGUUUGCCAAGGAUAACCUUACUUUGAGGGCCUUGGAUGAGAAGAAGGCAGAGGAGGCGAAGGAGACGAAGGAGACGAAGUCCGAGGAGGAGCCAGCCUCCGAGGGAAUCUCAGGUGUGGAUGACGAGAAACCUGAAAUUGAGGAGGUAAGCCAGAUUGCUGAACCUUCUGAGGCCAAGGAGCUUGAUCUUCCUUCCAAGGACUCAGAGGAGCCAGCUGAUCUUGACGCUCCCAAGGAGGCCGUUUCUGCUAAGCCAAAGCAGGACGCAGCUCCUCUGAAGGAGGACAUCCUUUUCCCCGAGGGCGAUGCAAAGGAUGAUGUUCCAGAGGAUGCCCCAGAGGAUGCUCCAGAGGAUAAUGCUUCAAAGGAUGAUGUUCCAAAGGAAGACGCUCCAAAGGAAGAGACCCCCGAGGAAAAGGCAAUUGCGAAGGAUGGCGAGGACGAGAGCCCUGUUCCAAAAAUGCCCAUCAUCCCUCUGCGCCCCAGCAAGCCAAAGAGACUCGACUCUAGUGUUUCCGAACUGGACUCCAAGAGCUCGCCUGCUAUUCCCUCCAGACCAGCCAAACCUGCAACCAAGGAGAAACCAAAGGCCCCUCCUCCAAAGCCUAAGAAGCUUUCGUCAAAGAUCGCCGCUUUCCAGCAGAUGUUCAACCAGGAACCCACUGAGGCUGCCAAAGAGGAGAAAAGCUCGCCUGAGAAGCGUGGCAAGCUCUCCUCCGAGAAAACCAACUUUGCCGCAAACUUGCAAAAUAUGAUGGGUGCUGGAAUUGCCUUGCCUGGCAUGGCCAAUCCCGAGUUGUUGAAGAAGCUUGCUCCUGCUGAACUGGAGUCUGAGCCCUCCGAGAAGAAGUCGGAUGAAGCUCCACAACCCACAUCCAGAAGAGCCAAGGGCCCUAGAGGCAAGAGGCUUCCAAAGUCUAUCCAGGAAACCAAGAUCACGAUAGAGCCCCGGUUCAAGUUUUCCAGUGGGCUUUUGUGGGAGUUGGACUUCUCCAAGCCCAGUGCUGAGGAAUCAACAGAGGGUGUGACCGAGCCAAAGGAGGAUAUCAAGGAGGAGCUUCUUGCUGCUUCUCAAGAGCCAUUGACUGGUGCGCCAUUGGACUCAGAGGACUCAUUGAAGAAGGAUGUGGAGGAGCCUGAAACUACAAAAGAAACAAAAGAGUUCUCUAUUCCUAUAGGCGAGAGUUCAGCAGAGCAGCCAGAAAGUGUCGAGGAUCUUCCCAGCUUGCAAGAGACGCAGCCUGCCAUUGACGACAAGGAGGAGCUUCUGAAGAUUGAGCAUGCCACCCAGGCGCCUCUUGAUGCGCUUGAAGAAGGCAAAACCACGACCAAAGAUGCUCUGAGCGAAGCCGAGCCCGGUUACGAGAUCAUCAGCAGAGAAAAGGACCAGGUGGAGACGCCUCGGGCCAACACCUCAGAGGAGUUUGACGACGACAGCGGUUUUGAAGAAGCUCGUGAGGUCUUCUCGAGCCCCAAGCCGCUCGGAGACUUCACCAAGGACCCCGAGCAGUUUUUGCAGUCGGAGGAGGACCCCACGGUCGAGGUGGAGCAGCAGCUCAAGGAAUUGUCUGACUAUGUGCGCAAGCACGAUGACGAGCCUGUGCUUGUGAGCAAGGCCGAGGAGGAAGAGGCCGUGGCCGACGAGGCCGAUGCCGAGAAGGCUGUGGCCGACAAGGCCGAGUAA